CUUAAGCUACGAUCCGUUUUGUGCGCGUUGCCACCGAAAUCUGUUCAUAACGAAAUCGCAUAUAAACAACUUUAAAUCAGCAAACAUGUUCAAAUACGUUGUCAUUGUCGCUUUGGCUUUGGUAGCUAGCGCCACAGCUGCACCAGGAUACUUGAGUGGCGCACAUGGUGGUGCUCUUUUGGGCGGUCUGCAUUCUGGCCCAGCACUAUCCUUGGCGCAUACAGCCCCCGCCAUCUCAUAUGGCCAUUCUGCACUCGCUGCUCCAUCAAUCUCUUACGCUGCUCCUGCUAUCACUAAGAUCGCUGCUGCUCCGGCUAUUUCUUAUGCCGCCCCGGCUAUAUCGCAUGCUCCAGCUAUCUCGUAUGCUGCUCCAGCCAUUACAAAAAUAGCCGCUGCACCAAUCAUCUCGCAUGCCUCCAUUGCUGCUCCAUCUUUAGGCUAUGGUUUGGGUCAUGGCUUAGGAUUAGGUCAUGGUUAUGGAUUAGGCCAUGGCUGGUAAAUAUGAGUGCUUAUGGAAUCGAAAGGGUGAGGAAAGAAAUUUCCUGUGAUGCUGCUAAGGGUCGUUCCAUAAAUUUGUAAAUGUGUUAUAUAUGUAGAAACAUUGUAAUUUUCUUCUUUUCUUAUUUCUUUGCUGAAAAUCGCAAUGAAAUCAUUUUGUAUAAAUUUCUGCCGCUGAGAAUAAAAAAACUUUAAA